AUGGCAUCCAAGACCUUCUUCGCUCUUCUUUUCACACUUCUUAUCCUCUUUGCAUCUCAGACUAGAGUCCCAGUUGCAGAAGCUCGAAUGUGCCAGUCGCAAAGUCAUAUGUUCCAUGGAACUUGUAUGCGUAACCAUAACUGCGCUCUCGUCUGCCGUAACGAGGGUUUCUCCGGCGGAAGGUGCCGAGGCUUCCGCCGCCGUUGUUUCUGCACCAGGCUUUGUUAGAUUCAUGUAGUUGGUUGUGUUAUUUCAAUUUGCUUUUGGUUUCCUUUGUUGCAUGCAUCAGACCUAUCUAUCUAU